GCGCUCUACCGCAUGGGGUUUGACGGCGCCUCCAAGGGCAACCCAGGCCGGGCAGAGGCGGGGUCUGUGCUGUGGGAAGAGCGUGGCAACGAGGUGGUGUGCAUGAGGGAGGGAGUGGGGCACGGCACGUGCAACAUGGCAGAGUAUCGCGCGUUCAUAGGGGGGUUGGAACUGGCACUCGCACUCGGCAUCACCCGGGUGCACGUUCAAGGAGACUCCAUGCUCGUGGUCAUGCAGGUGCAGAACAAGUGGAAGGUGAAUGCAGAGAUGCUGUGGGAGCCGUGCAGGCAAGCACAGCAGCUGGUGUGCCGGUUCAGAGAGAUUGCCAUCCGCCACGUGCCCAGGGAGUGGAACCAGUUGGCGGAUCGACUCUCCAAUGAGGCUGUUCCUCUCGCAG